ACUUUCUUCCUUCGUUAUAUUUUUCUGUAUCGCUGUUUACAUGUCACAUAGUGACUCCUGGUUUUGGUAACAGAAAGAAUUUGUUUUAUGUUGGCGUUUCUUAAAUUAUGAACUAAAAAUUAACAGUUAUGAUUAUCUGAAUUAAGCAUAUAGCAGAUGGAUGGUGCAGAGCUUGGUAGCAGAAGUGUUGGAUCAGUUAAAGCUACUGUUAACUUCUAUGAUGAUAAGAGGCCCUCUUCAAGAACAAGGGAACUCCAAAGAGCAAAAUGGGAUAUUGGGAGGUACAAAGAGAGUAAAUGGACGGCAGAGUCUGCAAAAGCGCGUGCGGAAUCUGAGCUUUCGAAUGCGAAAAAGACAGUGAAACAUCUUUCUUGUAUGAUUGAGGAGUCAAGUUUCAAUGCAAAAACACAAAGGACAGAUGUAGAAAGGCUAGAGAAGAGAGAGAAGGAACAACAUGGGGCUAUGGUUGUUGCAAAGAGGAAUGAGAGUUAUGAGUAUGAAGAGGUCAUGAGAGAAUUGGAAUAUCUCAAGAAGGAAUUGUUCAAGCUUAAGCUUGAUGUGGCUUCUAUAUUGGAAGAAAAAUCUCGUGCAGAGAAGGAAAUCGAAGCGUCAAACUCGAAGAUGCUAUCGGGUUUAACAACUGCAGAAGAACUCAGAAGGGAGAUUGAGGAGGCCAAUGAGGAACAAGUACUUGCUGAACUGGCAAGGAUUGAGGCUUUGAAAGAACUGGCAGAUACUGAAGCCCUGAGAGAAAAGGAAGCAAAGGAAUUCUCUAUCAAAUUGGAAAGCGCAAGGAAAAAGUUGAAGGAUGCCACUGAAGAGAUUGAUGAGUCAAAGGAGCUUGAUAUUAAAUUGGCUAUAACAUUAUCAGAUGUUGAUCUCUUGCUGAAUGAGUUGAAGUCAGCAAAAGAAAUGGAGAAAAGGGUUGAAGGAGAUGGGAGUGUGAAGCACUUGGAAGAAAGCUUCAGGGAAGGGGAGGAAUCAGAAGACUCUUUAACUAUAACAGAAGAAUUGGAAGCAGCGAGGAAAGAAUUAGCUUUGGUUAAAGAAGAAGGUUUUCAGUUUAUGGCCUCUAUGGAUGUCAUCAGAAACGAGCUUAAGCAUGUCACUGCUGAAACAGAUAGAUUAAGGAAGAAUGAAGGGAAAGCGGAUUCAACAGUUCAAGUUCUCAAUUCAAAGAUAUUGAGAGCGAAUUCUAAAUUAGAAGCUGUGUCUGCUGCAGAAGUAAAGGCCAGAUCCAUAGUCACGAGUCUGUCUCAUACUCUUGAAAAACUCAAGACAGAAACAGAAGAAGCAAGAAAGGAAAAUGAGCACAUAAGCCAAGAGGUCACAGCCACCAAGGAAGAGAUUCAAAAAGUUGAGUUUGAAAUAGACAUGACUGAGGAAAGAUUGCAAGGUGUCAUGCAAGAGCUAGAAGUAGCCAAAGCUUCUGAAUCUCUAGCCCUAGAGAAGCUCAAAACUCUUGCUGAAACUACCAUGAGAGAAAGAGCUUUGACAGCACAGCAUAGUUCCUUGAUUACCAUCUCAAGAUUUGAGUACGAGUAUCUGAAAAAUCAUGCAGCUUCAGCAGAAGAAGUUGCUGAUAAAAAAGUAGCAGCAGCUGAGGCAUGGAUUGAAGCUCUGAAGGCCAGCGAGAAGGAAAUACUGAUGGAAACAAAAAUAGCUCAGAGAGAACUGAAAGAAACAAAACUGGAACAAGAGCUGAAGGUUUACACCAAAGAGAGGUUGGUUUCAAGAAGAGUGAAUAGUGAGGAGUUUGAGAAUUGGCCAAGAAAACGAGAGAAAAGUUCAUCCAAGAACUUCCCAAGAGCCAUGUCUAGAAAAAGCAUCAAACUCAAUGGCACUAUUACUCCUGCAAGAGGAACAAAAUUUCAGAAGAAUGCUUCUCCUGCAGUUCGGCUUAUCAGUCCUUUUAGCAUCAAGAAGAGAAAGAAGGUAAUACCAAAUUUGACAAAGCUUUUCAGAAAGAGAAAUACUAGGAAUACAUAGUGAAUCAAAAUAGAAGCAGAGAAGAGUGUCUGCGUCUAUUAGUCACUGCCAUAUGUAUUUCACAUCACAGUGCUCAUUUUCUCACUGUGUCCCUUCUUCUCUUUUCACAGUAUCAUUCCCACAUGGCUCAAGUGUUUCUCAUCAUUGUUCUAUCCAUAUCCACAUCAAGGAUAAAGGAUUUUACUACCAAAACACUUUUUUAUUUUGAAAUUCUAGAAAAUAAUUGAUGAUUGGUGCA